AUGAUCAUUAACCAGCCUACUACUUUAGAUCUUCAGCACGCCAUCGCCAAGUUGCUGCUAAAAGGCAAUCUUGGGCUUGCACCCCUAGAUAAGCCCCGCCGUGUGCUCGAUAUUGGAACGGGCACGGGAAUCUGGGCCAUCGAAUUCGCGGAGGAGUUCCCCGACUCGGACGUCCUUGGCACUGACCUUAGCCCAAUUCAACCCGAGUACCUCCCACCCAACUGCCGGUUUGAAGUUGACGACGUUGAGGACGAAUGGAUUUACAGCUCCAAGUUUGACUACAUCCACGGACGCCAUCUAUGUGCGUUUCUUAAAAACUUUGACCAUCUCUUCCAGUCCAUAUUUGAUAACCUUAACCCUGGUGGCUGGGUUGAGUUCCAGGAGACUGUGAUCGACUUCAAGAGCGUUGACGGGACGGUUGAAGGAACAGCUCUGCAACGAUGGAACUUACUUCUCCUCGAGGGCAUCCGCAAGAUGGGUCGCAACGCUACUGCGGCCACACGCUACAAAAAGUGGAUGGAGGAGAAGGGGUUCGUCAACAUCGUCGAAAAGAGAUUUCCUGUGCCUAUGAACCCAUGGGCAAAAGGCAGAAACGAGAAAAUGAUUGGCGCUAUGCAGAUGACAAACAACCUGGAAGGCGUGGACGGACUCACCAUGGCUGUGUUCACCAGGUCGCUCGGCUGGCAGCCAGAAGAUGUCGAGAAACUGCUCGUCGACGUCAGGAGAGACAUGCAAGACCGGAAGAUCCAUGCGUUCAUUACAAUGCAAGUGUUUCUAACCUUCUACCAGGCGCGCGCUAAAGGCUAG